AAGGAUACUUAAUCGUUCCCUGCACACCGAUCUGUUAUUAUUCUGUCAAGAAAUAUGGCUUUGAGACGAGCGCUGCAUUUUGUUUUCAAAGUUGGUGACAGGGCCAAAACUGCCACGUUUUACCGAGAUGUUCUGGGCAUGAAGAUUUUACGUCAUGAAGAGUUUGAGGAAGGCUGCAAAGCAACGUGUAAUGGCCCUUACGAUGGAAAAUGGAGCAAGACAAUGGUUGGCUUUGGACCAGAAGAUGACCAUUUUGUUGCUGAACUGACAUACAAUUAUGGGGUGGGAGAGUAUCAACUUGGCAAUGACUUCUUGGGGCUCACUCUGCAGUCUAGCCAGGCUGUAAGCAAUGCUAAACGUCUGGGAUGGCCUCUUACUGAGGUAGGAGAGGCUCUGUAUCUGACCCAGGCUCCAGGAGGGUAUCCUUUCUACCUUGUGGACAAAGAGCAGCCUCCCAGUGACCCUGUGCAGAAGGUUUGUCUCGGAGUAUCAGACCUCCAGAGAUCCACCCACUACUGGACUUCACUUUUGGGAAUGAAGGUGAUGGAAAAGAAUGAGGAAAAGAAAACAGUGCUGAUGGGAUUUUCAGACACUCAAUGUAAACUGGAGCUUCAUGAUAACAGUGGGGCAGUAGAUCAUGGAACAGCGUCUGGGAGAAUAGCAUUUUCAUGCCCGCGGGAGCAACUGCCUGGCCUUGAAGCCUUGAUGAAAAAGGAAAAUCAGAAGAUUCUCACUCCACUGGUCAGCCUGGACACUCCUGGAAAGGCCACAGUAGAAGUAGUUAUUUUGGCUGACCCAGAUGGUCAUGAGAUUUGCUUUGUGGGAGAUGAGGCUUUCGGGCAACUGUCCAUGGUGGACCCCAAAGGAAAUGAACUGCUUGAUAGGGCCAUGGUCGAAGAUAAAAGUGACGAGUGGUUUGCCAAACACAACAGACAGAAAGCUGCGGCAUGAGGUGAAAGGGCUCGCCUGGAAAAUUGUGCACCAUCAAUUUGUCACCAGUUCGUAAGAUGAUGAAAUGCUGUACAAGGCACCUGUGGUGUAAAUCUUCUUGUAUUGACAACUCGAUUAUCCUUAGGCUGGCCCUGGAAGCAUGCCAUGAGUCACAGUUGUAUUGUCAGCACUUUGUGAAAGGACCACUUGUUCAAUUUGAUGGACAUUUUUCCAAACAUUGAUCCUAUCAAUAAGGUAGAGAGAUGGGCAAAAAAAUCAAUGUGAUGCAAUUUAUUCUUAAAAAGUUAUGAAAGAUGUUUUGCUGUUUGGCCCCUAUUGACCCUCCAAUGUCUGUGCAUUGUAUAUGUAAUUGUAUUGUAAUGCACAUAAUCACUGGAGUAAUACUACCUGGCCACAAGAUUCCUGCACAUCAGUUAGUUUAAUUAAAAACUUUUUUUUGUUGAAAAAUGUACCAUACAAGUACAACAUAAGUUAGAAUAAUAAAGGUAGACAUGACAUAAUAAAGAAUCAACUAUUAAAGUAUGCUCUGAAACGCAGCAUCAUGUUGUAAGAGCCCGCUGUUUACCGAUAAAUGCACUCAGUAUCAUGUAGUAAUAUUGAAGGUUAAGUUACACUGAAUCUCAUUUGUAAAGAUGUCAUCAUGUUGAAAUAAAUUGUCUCUUUAACUUUU